CUGACCUUGUUUGGAAGACCUAAGAGAGACCGACAGACAAUGAUUUCCAAUGACACCCUUUUUGGGAUCUUCCUCACCAUUCAGACUGGUGUUGGUUUCAUGGGCAAUGCCUUGCUGUUUUCAUUAUACAUGUACACCUUCUUAAUUCUCCCUCGUCAGAAGAAGCCUGCCAAUGGGAUCCUUGCCCACCUGACUUUGGCUAAUGCCCUGACCCUCUUAUUCAGAGGGGUUCCAAAUAUAAUCUUUUCCUUUGGAAUUAGACCUGAGGUAGGUGAUAUUGGGUGUAAAAUGGUGCUCUUCAUCCAGAGAGUUACCCGAAAUAUUUCUCUGAACACAACCUCUCUCCAGAGUACAUUUCAGGCAGUGACUAUUGCUCCAAACAACUCUAAAUGGGCCUGGCUCAAGAAGAAAAUCUCUACACUCAUUCAACCCUCUUUAGUUUUCUUCUGGGUCAUCAACAUGGUCAUCUAUGCUGAGGUUAUCGUAAGAACUGUGGCCAAGAGGAAUAUCACUGAUGCUACAUGUGGGUAUUAUACUCAUUUUUGUAAAGUCACAUCAUGUGCACAUGAGGUAACAGUAACAUUCCUCAGUACAAUAUUCAUUCAGGAUUUGUUCUUUCUCUCUCUGAUGGCAUGCAAUAGUGUCUACAUGAUGACUGUUCUUUCCAGACACCACAAGACAGCUAAGCUCGUCCGCAGUAGCACCUCCUGUUCCCGAAGCUCCCCUGAACACAAAGCGACCCACGUUAUUCUCAUACUGGUUUGCUGCUUUAUUUCCUUUUACUGGACCAACAGCUUUCUUACUGCUUAUUCAGAGCUAGGAAAUAAGAGAAGUUGGCAGCUGGAGAACAUUAAUAACUUUAUUUCAUCAUGUUACCCAACCAUUUGUCCUUUUGUAUUGAUUAAGAACGAGAAUAGAAUUUCCAGAAUGAAUUUCUUCAGUACAAGGAGCAGAGUUUUUUCCCCUUAG